AUGUUCGCGACCAAGGCUCUCCGCCAGGCUGCUGCUCACGCCGAGCGCACCCCUCUCAUCAAGUUCGUCGGCAAGCGCAGCAUUCCUGCCGCUGUCGACCACGCUCCUCAGCCUCACCCUGCCAGUCCCACCCACUCUCUCCCCUCCAGCUUCACCUCGGGCUCCUCCCACUCCUCCUUCAGCUCCUACCGCGACGCCGCCCAGCAGCACGGCCCCCUGCGCAAGACCUUCCGCUCCCUCGAGGAGUCCGGCGUCGGCGGUGCCAGCGGCGCCCAGCUCGGCGCCGUUGAGGCUCCCAAGGGCAUGUUCUUUGACCGCAACGAGCUCCCCGCCCGCUUCCGGAGGGCCCCCAUCUCCCUCGCCGAGAUCGAGGCGGUCGAGACCGGUGGCGCUACCCUCUUCGCUUGA